CUAUUAAAGAAAGGAGAAAGCAAAACAAAAUGGAAACCGUCUUAGUAGUCGGAGCAACAGGCAACAUUGGCGUAGCUGCCAUCCUUGGAGCCCUGCGAGCCAAACGCAAUGUACUUGCAAUUGUGCGAAACCAGGUAUCUGCCGACAAGUUAUUCCAGCAUGUAAGAUCCAAAGACGGCAUUACGAUCGUCGAGGCCGACAUCAUGGCGGAGGAGGGAGUUCAGGGCGUUGUUGAGCAAGUCCGGGCUGGGAAGCUACCAACUUUCCAACACGUCUACGCGGCUGCUGGCGGGGCAUACGGUGUAACCCCAUUACGGGAUCUCAGCACCUCCGAAUUGCGCAAAUUCAUGAGCAUCAACUUCGAAUCGAACUUUCUCGCAUACAGUGCAACAAUCCCAUAUCUGCUCGAGCAGAGCAGUUCGACUUCGUUCACCCUCUGCACCGGAUCUCAGGGUGACAUUGGUGCUCGCGCAGCUCCGGCCAUCACCCAAGGUCCCCUGUACUCCAUGGCCAACGUAGCGUGUCGUGACAACGAGAACACCAAUGUUCGUUUUAACGAAGUAUACCUGGCAACUCGCGUCGAGGUUGAUUCAGUGGCUGAGAAGACAGGUGCAAUGAAGACAUCUGAUUUCGCUAAUGUAUAUAACGAGCUCCUCUCUCGGCCUGACAUUAAGAGCUCUCGGAUAACUGUUGCCACAAAAAAUGAUCUGAAGGAUUUGAAGUACAAGAAGAAGAUAGAUCAUUAA